CCCACCAUUAACAAACAGGGGAACCGUUACAUGGCACCCUAAAACCCCUUCACCAAGGAGGUUAUGAAACGAGUGGACACCCAACAGUUAAAGUGGAAGGGCUAUAACUGGAGGGCUGAGGGUGGCAUAUUACGCAACGGUGCCUUCUUCGUGGCGUCUAGCGAGGGCCUCGAGGUCAAGUAUGAAAGAAAGCCUACGACGAUGAACCUUAGUCAGCCGAUCAUAUCUCUCUUCUCACCAUGUCCUCCGGUGUUCUUGGAAAUGCCAGGAACAACAACCUCGGAAUGUGGAGCAGAGGACCUGGUGAUGAAUCUAUGGAGUCCAGCAUGGAAUCACUGACGACCACCGCAACGACCACCUCAACGACCACCUUGAUAGAAUGUUU